UCUCUUGUAAUUAAUUUAAGUAAUGGCAAGAUCAGAACCCUUGACAGUUGGAAGAGUGAUUGGAGAUGUUCUUGAUCCAUUCAUCCCAUCCGUUAAAAUCACAGUAACCUACAACAACAACAAACAAAUCUACAAUGGCCAUGAACUCUUCCCUUCUCAAGUUUCUUCCAAGCCCAGAGUCGAGAUUAAUGGCGGUGACUUGAGAACUUUCUAUACUCUGGUUAUGACUGAUCCUGAUGUUCCUGGUCCUAGUGAUCCCUAUCUUAAAGAACAUCUUCACUGGAUAGUGACAGAUAUUCCAGGGACAACAGACGCAACAUUUGGAAAGGAGAUGGUGAAUUAUGAGAUGCCUCGGCCAAACAUAGGAAUCCAUAGGUUUGUAUUUGCGGUAUUCAAGCAGAAAGGGCGCCAAUCGGUGCAGCCACCCAUGUCCAGGGACCACUUUGAUACCAGAACCUUUGCAGUGCAAAAUGGACUAGGACUUCCGGUUGCUGCCGUUUUCUUUAACGCCCAGAGAGAAACCGCCGCCCGCAGACGCUAACCAAAGUAUUA